AUGUUUAAGAGAAGUCCGAAGCCUGCAGAGGAGGGCUCAAAUGCGACCAGCAAAAACACAACGAUGUUUGGCAGCACUGAAGAUCUGCUGGAGGCAAAUUCAGCAAAAGAGAAAAAGGGAGGACUUACAGGCUUCUUUAAAAAGUCGCCUAAACCGUCUCCGCGCUCCGUUGCUACUGAGGAUCCGCUGACGAAGCAGCUGUCGUCCAGCUGGGACAGCCUGACUGAGGCUGGGAACGACGACAGCACCUCUCAACAAGAAUUAUCAGCCAGUACAGAUAAUCUUUGUACCACGAAGGAGAAAAAAGCCGGGCUGUCUGUGAUGUUCAAACGAACGCCUAGAAAUACGGAGCAGCAGGAAGGUGAAGACGCGGCGCCACCUGCUGGACGCGGACUGAGUUGCAAGAGAAGCAUAAAGGAGAAACGAAGAGUUGUGUCUUUUCGAGUCAAGAAAACUCUUCCCAGAAUGUCCAAAGAGGAAUCCAGUGAAAUGCCUGCUAUUGAGGAGAGCGUCGAGAUGGAGGAUCUGAACUCUCCACAGGAGAGCACGGUGGAGGUGGAGCCGGUGGAGAUGGCAGCAUAUCCCACUGAAGAAAGCGUGACCCAGAUGGAGCAGGAGAACAACGAGCUGAUGGAGUGGUGGAACUCGGUGAAAGGUUGGACCGAGUGGAACGAGACCUCAAAUUUCCAGGAGGAAGAUGAGCAAAUUGCGAUGGAGCAGGCAGCCGAUCGAGUUUACAUGGCAGCCCGUGUUUUCGUUCACCUUUUCAACCAGCGGGGGGCGUCCUUGCAGCACCACAUCCUGGAGCUGCUGUCGAUGGCCGACGCCGCAGACGAGUUCCACAAGAAGACGGUGACGGCCGCUGUGGGAGGGGGCGUGGCCAGCGUGGCGGGCAGCGUGGCGACCAUCACCGGCCUCAUCCUGGCUCCGUUCACCUUCGGGGCGUCGAUCAUCGUCACGGCGGUGGGGAUCGGCGUGGCGACGGCCGGCAGCAUCACGUCGGCGACGGCCAACAUCACAGACACCGUGCACUCCAACAUGGACCGCAAGAAGGUGGAGAAGAUGAUCCAGGGCUACCAGGAGGAGAUCCAGGACAUCAGGAAGUGCCUGGAGUUUGUUCAGGAGGGCAUGAACACCCUGGAGGAAUGGGAUUUUGAGAAAUACUCAGAAAGUGCCGCCAAAAAGGCUCUAAACCACAACAUCAAACACGUGAUGAAGGAGGGCGGCCGGGCGGGGAAAGCCCUCAUGAUCAACACCGAUAAACUCAUCAGCACCGUUCAGGUUCUGGGCGCAGCCGGCGGCGCCGCUAAGGCCGUCCAGGCCAUCAGCGUCACCACGGGCGUCAUGUCCGCCCUCUUCCUCGCCCUGGACAUCUUCUUCCUCGCCAAAGACUCCCACAAACUCCACAAGGGAGCCAAGACCAAGUUCGCCGCCAAGAUCCGGCAGGUGUGCAAAGACCUCCAGGAAGGCCUGCUGGAGCUGAACAAGGUGAAGACGCAGCUGCAGAAGACGAUGGACGGCAUCGAGGUGGAGGAGUACGAGGACGUCGAGGAGGUGGAAGACGAGUUUGAGUCCGACCCGAAGAAACUGGCAGAGCUAGAGCAGGAGAUUGACUUCCUGGAGGAGAAACUGGACAAAAAGGAGGAAGAGGUGGAGCCGAAGAACAGCAAAGAGACGAUGGCAGACAGAGAGAGCUGGAGGAGGACAGGAGGGGAGGAGACGGGACGAAAAGACUCGCAUCGAAGCCACAGAGACCAAGAGUCUCCGAGGAAGACGAACCAUCGUGUUAGGGAGAAUGAAGAGCGGAGCGGCAGAGUGGAGAGCGCCCGGAGACGCUUCGAUAGAGCCGCCGGAGACCAGCAGCAAGAGGAGGAGGAGAGGAGAGGAAGUGGCAGGGAGCCGGGGCACAAAGGAUCCAGGUCCAAAUACUACGCCCUGAGGCACGACGGCCUGAACAUCUAA